AUGGAUCUACUCAGUUUUGAUGCGAAAAAAGGCAAACGGGUCGGUCCGGUGGUCUUGACGCGAGAUGAUAUGAUUGAAGCUUUACAAGGGCAUUUAGUAGAAGCGUUUCUAGUUGGCGGCGCUGUAAAUGUGAGCGAAGAGAGUUUUGCGACGAUUCUAUAUGAGAUUGCGGGUUUCGGCCAAUUUCUUGAUGAUAUUCGUGAUGAGACGAUUCCGGCGAGUCAGAAGUGUUUUGGAAGUGAGGAGGAAGCGAGAAAAUGGACAGAAAAGAGCCCUGAGGUGCGGAUUUUGAUGCUGUUGCCCGAGGAGGUCGUGUUUUUAGCUGUUGAAUGGGAGGUGCUAGAAGUGAAACAAGGAAAACGAUUAUUGGGGAAAGAUGAACUUUGGGAGACUAUGUCGAAUCUCCAUGGAUCGAAGUUUUUUCAAUCCUACUGCGUCUACAGGCAUCUUAAAGAGAAUAAAUGGUGUGUUCGGAGCGGAUUAAUGUUUGGAUGCGAUUACUUGAUCUACUGCUUAGGACCGCAGUAUUAUCAUUCAUCGGCUGGGGUGUCGGUAUGCAACACUAUCAAUUCCCUUCAGCUUCUUACUUUAACUAGAAUUCUUUCGCAUAAUAAGAAAUCGUUGAUAUUGGCGAGCUGCCAACCACCAGAGGUCGUUGAUCGCUGUCUGAAGUAUGAGGACACGAAACAGGCGUUGGUGGAAAUUGUCACGCUAAAGACUUAUUUUUUGGAGCGCAAUGUUUCGAGGAUCUCAAAUAGCCCAAAUGAAUUAUAUGAAUUGAAUUUAUAA